GAUGGCCUUCGAGGAAAUUUGAAACGUCUACAUAAUCUGUUUGUCUACUGAUAUUACUCAAAAAUCUACUGUCCGUUAAAAUGUCGUCAACUAUGCUUCUGGCUUCUAGGCGUUUAACGCCGCUUUUGAGGACAUCGCAGAACUUCCCUUUAUUACGGUACUAUUUAAAAACGGAUACCGGUGCAACUCAAAAUACUUCCGGGAGAAAAAUCAAGAAACUCAUGGUUGCUAAUCGAGGUGAAAUCGCGAUCCGUAUUUUUCGUGCAUGCACUGAAAUGAAUAUUCGAACUGUGGCUAUUUAUAGUGAGCAAGAUAAAAUGCAGAUGCAUCGUCAAAAAGCUGAUGAAUCAUACUUGAUUGGGAAAAGUUUACCACCGGUAGCUGCUUAUCUUAAUAUUCCAGAAAUCAUACAGCUAGCUCUAAGACAUAAUGUAGAAGCUAUUCAUCCUGGUUAUGGAUUUCUUAGUGAACGAUCGGAAUUCGCACAAGCUUGCACUGAUGCUGGCAUUAUAUUUAUUGGACCACCGGCUAAAGUUGUAAAACGUAUGGGUGAUAAAGUCGAAGCUCGACAAGCUGCUAUUAAUGCAAAUGUUUCAGUUGUUCCUGGAAGUCCUGGACCGAUUACCUCUUCUGAAGAAGCUAUGGAAUUCUGUAAACAGUAUGGAUUACCAGUUAUACUCAAAGCAGCUUAUGGUGGCGGUGGUCGUGGUAUGCGUGUAGUUCGAAGACUUGAAGAUAUAAAACAAAAUUUUGAAUUAGCCUCAUCAGAAGCGUUAGCAGCUUUUGGAAAUGGUGCAAUGUUCAUUGAGAAAUUUAUUGAACGACCUAGACAUAUCGAAGUCCAGAUUUUAGGUGACAAAUAUGGGAAUGUUGUACAUUUGUAUGAAAGAGAUUGUUCUGUUCAACGUAGACAUCAAAAAUUAGUCGAAAUUGCACCGGCGCCUAGUCUAGAUCCAACUAUUCGUAAAUCAUUAUUAAACGAUGCGGUACGAUUAGCUUCUUCUGUUGAUUAUGAAAAUGCUGGUACAGUUGAAUUUCUAUAUGAUCAAACAACUGGACAUUAUUAUUUCAUUGAAGUCAAUGCUCGUCUUCAAGUUGAACAUACUGUUACUGAAGAAAUUACAGGUGUAGAUCUUGUUCGAUCACAAAUUCGUCUAGCUGAAGGUCGUUCAUUAAGUGAUCUUAAUUUAUGUCAAGAUAAAAUUGAACCACAUGGUUUUGCUAUACAAUGUCGUAUUACUACUGAAGAUCCAGCAAAACAAUUUCAACCUGAUUCUGGACGUAUUGAAGUAUUUCAAAGUGGUGAAGGAAUGGGUAUUCGUGUAGAUUCAGCUUCAGCUUUUGCCGGUGCAAUUAUUUCUCCGUAUUAUGAUUCAUUAUUGGUUAAAAUAAUUGCACGGGCAAGUAAUUUUCGUUUAGCUGCCAAGAAAAUGUUACGUUCAUUGGCGGAAUUUCGUAUACAUGGUGUUAAAACAAACAUUCCAUUUCUUAUGAAUGUAAUUAAACAUGAACAAUUUUUAUCUGGCAUUGUCGAUACUAAUUUUAUUGAUGAACAUCCUGAUCUGUUUGAUUUACCUCCAGCUAAACAACGUGCCCAAAAAUUAUUACGUUAUAUCGGUAAUACAAUGGUUAAUGGGCCAUCUACUCUUUUGGCUACAAAACUUCCACCAUCUGACAUUGAACCAAAGGUACCAAAAAUUUCUUAUGCCAAUAGUAUUCCACGUGGUUGGCGUAAUAUACUACUAGAAAAAGGACCGGUUGAAUUUUCCAAAGCUAUCAGAUCACAUCCACAUCUUCUAAUUACAGAUACCACUAUGCGUGAUGCACAUCAAUCACUUUUAGCAACACGAGUACGUACUUUUGAUCUUCUACGUAUUGGACCAUAUUUGGCUUAUCAGAUGCCACAGUUAUUCAGUAUAGAAAAUUGGGGAGGUGCUACAUUCGAUGUCAGCAUGCGUUUCCUUCAUGAAUGUCCUUGGGAACGUUUAGAACAACUUCGCAACGUUAUUCCAAAUAUCCCAUUUCAAAUGCUUCUACGUGGUGCAAAUGCAGUUGGUUAUAAAAACUAUCCUGAUAAUAUAAUAUACAAAUUUUGUGAAGUUGCUGUAAAAAAUGGCAUCGACAUAUUCCGUAUAUUUGAUAGUUUAAAUUACUUGCCAAAUUUACUCAUGGGGAUGGAUGCUGUCGGUACAGCUGGUGGAGUUGUUGAAGGUUCCAUAUGUUAUUCCGGUGAUCUUUCAAAUCCUAAACUUGAUAAAUAUAAUUUAAAAUAUUAUAUGGAUUUAACUGAUCAGUUAGUCAAAGCUGGGACUCAUAUAUUAGGAAUUAAAGAUAUGGCAGGUUUAUUAAAGCCAAAUGCUGCUCGUAUACUUCUGUCAGCCAUACGAGAUCGUUAUCCUGAUAUACCAAUUCAUUUGCAUACACAUGAUACAGCUGGUGCUGGUGUAGCAUGUUUAUUGGCAGCUGCCGAAUCUGGUGUUGAUAUUGUCGAUGUUGCUGUGGAUAGUAUGUCUGGUUUAACUAGUCAGCCAAGUAUGGGCGCUCUUGUCGCUUGUUUAAAACAUACUGACACUGACACUGGUUUAUCUAGCGAAGAUGUAUCAACUUAUUCAGCUUAUUGGGAACAAACGAGAAGUUUAUAUGCACCAUUUGAAUGUACCACAACUAUGCGUUCAGGUAAUGCCGAUGUAUAUGAAAAUCAAAUACCUGGUGGUCAAUAUACCAAUUUACAGUUUCAAUCUUAUUCACUUGGUUUGGGUGAUCAAUUUGAAAAUGUGAAACGUAAAUAUACUGAAGCUAAUAAACUUUUAGGUGAUAUAAUUAAGGUAACACCAUCAUCAAAAAUAGUGGGAGAUUUAGCUCAAUUUAUGGUUCAAAAUGAUUUAUCAGCUCAACAAGUAUUAGAUCGAGCUGAAGAGUUAUCUUUUCCGUCGUCAGUGAUUGAAUUUUUCAGCGGUGAAAUUGGUUUUCCUUAUGGUGGAUUCCCCGAGCCACUUAGAACAAAGAUUAUGCGAGGUCAAAAGGCUAAAACCGAGCGUGUUGGUUCACAUAUGGAACCGUUUGAUUUUGAUAAAUUAGCUAAGCAAUUAAAGGAAAAAUUCAAAAGAGAUUUUGAUGAACGCGAUCUACUGUCAGCAGCUCUAUAUCCUAAGGUAAUGAUGUAUUUAUUUAUUUUUAUUUAUUGUAUUUCAAUAUUUCCUCAUUGUAAGCUUCCAGUGGAUCCAUUGACUCGCUGUACGUUUUACCACUCUUUAACUAUUACUACUUAAUCAUGUAUUGUUUGCUUUGCUCUCUGCUACUUAUGACAUGAUAGUGAUUAAAGUAUUAUUACUCAUUUGGUAUGCGAUUCAAUCUGAUAAUUCGUGUAUGUAAGAUAACGGAUGUUUGAGAUAGUUGUUGACUGAUCUGGAUGAUUGAAACAUAAUUUAGUAGAUGCUAGCUGCAGACUUCUUUUCGGACUCAGAACUAAGGAUAGAGGAAAAUUUGUGGAGAGAGGACCAAUAGGAGUGUAGCUUAUGUGUUUGCUCAAAGUUUACAGUACAUGUCAGAACGUAUAAUUAGUCAGGUCUUGGACGCUACAUUGAGAUAGAACAGUAGACGCAGGAUAUAGAAUAAUAUAGUCAAAACUCCGAUUGGUGAGUUUGGCACGCGAUAUUGAUUAGCAUCUUAAACCAUAACAAAAGACAUCAAAUCAUUGUUGGGAACUGAAUAAUAAGGAGAAAUAAUUUAACUACAUAUUAUCAGUUAUAUUAUUAUUGUCGUUAGCUCAUUUGUUGGAUAUAUUCAUCACAGACUGAUAUCACUUGAAGUAACAAUGAAAACCAGAAGUCAUUUGACAGCUUUUCGACAGUAGUCUGCGACCCCUCAGCUAUGUGCACUUAUGCAUUCGCCACUGAUCGAGCACAGGACGUUGGUGUCUCAUGGCGAUACUUACCUACUAAAACCACUUGGUUGGCGUUCAGUGAUCCAACUCCAAUUUCAACCAGUUUUCGGCAUAGCGCGGUAACCAUCUAAUAUUUUUGGUAACAAUAUUCUGAAUUCCACUGAUACCCAGGGAAUUACCUCUCGAAAUUAUUCAUUACUAAGUAUAUAUUGCUUCUCAUUACGGAGCAUUGUUGUUUUGUUUUCAACUUGUGAAAAGAAAUAUUCUAAAUUGAAUCAACUUCUACCCUGGAUCCUUUUGGUGUAAAUUGAUUUUUCCUGUGCCUACACACUAAUUCUUGGUUAUAUUUUUAAUAUUUAGUAGAAUUUCCUAAAUUUGACAGUGUGAAACUUUCUGGUAGUUCAUAAUAUUUAGAAUUUUGAUUGGUUUAAAUAUAGUUUUAUAUGCUACAAAUAGACAACCGUCAAAGAAUCACUAAAGAAAACUAAAGAUCAUUAAACACUCGCUUCAUCCUAGCAUGAAACCUUAACAGUGUGAUCCAACCAAUGCACACUAUGUCUCUACAAAAAGUACCUUAUAAGUAUAGUACUCUGAAAGCAGAUAUUGCAGUUAACAGAUUCGUGUAGUUUAGCUUUAAGUUACAUUCCAAAUAUAAGAGCUAGUGGUACUAUAUAGUUCCCUAAACCAAAGCAAGUCGAUUGUGGUUUGAACAAGUAAUUACUAGGUCGUCAUUACUCCUGGAAUUAUGAUCCUAUAUUUUUUCUCUAAACUCUGAGAUAAUUUUUCAGCUUGAUUUUUGAUCCUUUUUAAUGAAUACUAUUCCUUUUUAAAAUUCACAUUGAUAAAUUAAUUGCAACAGGUAUUUGAUGAAUUUGAAGAGUUCCGUAAAAUCUAUGGUCCCGUAGAUCGUCUACCAACUCGUAUGUUUUUUGUAGGACCUAAGAUUGCUGAAGAAUUUCCAGUCGACUUGGAGACCGGUAAAAUGUUACAUAUUAAAACAUUGGCUGUCGGUGAAUUAACCAAAGCCGGGGAACGUGAAGUAUUCUUCGAAAUGAAUGGCCAACUUAGAUCAAUUUUGAUUAGUGACAAAGAAGCCACAAAGUCGAUAUCGUUUCAUCCGAAGGCUUUGAAAGGUGUCAAAGGCUCCGUUGGUUCACCAAUGCCUGGUGAAUUAGUAACAAUCAAUGUGAAAGACGGAGACGUUGUAGAGAAAGGUCAAAAAUUAGCUACAUUGUCAGCUAUGAAAAUGGAAAUGAGCAUAACAGCACCCGUUUCAGGUUGUAUUAAAAAGAUUUACGUUUCCAGUGGAAUGAAAGUAUCUGGUGAUGAUUUAUUAUUCGAUAUAGAAUAAAACUGUUCACUUAUUUCAAAAUAUUACCUAUAUUUAGCCUUUAUUCUUUGAUUUUAUAUUUCUAUGUUAUUGUGUGACAAUCACCUAUUAGCAGUCUUUAUAUUUUACUUUGAUUCUAUCGUGCUAUUUAUAUUACAUUAUAACAAAAGCAACAGCUUUAAAAGGAAUAUUUCCUUGAUAUUACACACAUGAAGAUAGAUGUAAAUCGAAUUACUUUGGGGAGUAUCCCUUGACAAACUGUGUGUAUGUUUUUUGUUCUGUAGUUAUCUUUAAUUGCAUAAUUACAAAUACAAACAAAUCUUUAUUUGUCUA